CUUGAGUAAGGGUUUUUACAUUCACUUGGCAAUGUUUCAAACGAUUCGGUGCACUCAGUUCAGCGAUACAUUUUGUACAUAAUUUGACGCCCCGGAGGACAUGUUCGUAGUACCUUAAAAAUGUGGUAUACUUUGCAUUAGAUCUACAUAAUCCUUUCUAAGCCCUUCGUCGGUGUCCUGUCAUAUGCAACGAAUAACAAGUAGUCAGCUGUUGGUGAAGACAAUGAUGGCUUUUCUCUAAAGUAGAUGCAAAUCGACAGUUAGUCUGUUACAAUUACGCUGAGAGACAUGGAGUCCGAGAUUCUAGCAUCUUUGUCGUAUGGUAGCAUUCCUUCUACGUAUCGCUAUGUCGAAAGGUUUGACAAUAAUAGCGAAGUGUACCGGGAUAAAACAAAUUGGUUUGGUAUAUUCUUAGCAUUUCUCUCGGGCACAUUUUUUACACUAAGCUCAGCACUAGUGAAGGCAAUCAAAAAUGUGGAUCCGAUGAUAUUGCUGGCAAUUAGAGCGUUACUUCAAAUGGUAGUAAUGCUCAUUGUAGUUUGUAAACGGUCUGAACAUGUAUUUGGGUUAAAGGAGCAUAGAAUGUUAAUUCACUUUCAAGGUCUAGUCGGUGGUAUGACGUUAGCGUUGCUUUACUAUAGCUUUAGAAAAUUACCCUUAGGAGAUGCCACCGCCAUAAUAUUCAGCUCUCCUGUUGUCGUCAUCAUUCUUUCUUUUUUAUUCCUGCGAGAACCGUGUGGCAUAUUGCGUGUCCUCGUAAUCUGCACUCUCCUUGCAGGAGUCAUAUUUGUAUCGGAGCCACCAUUUCUACUGCAGAUACAUAAAGCAGAAUCUUACGAUGUUAUGGGCUAUGUGUGCGCAAUCUUGGCAACGUUGUUUACAGCUGUAAAUAUUGUUGCAAUGAGAAGGUGCCUACAUGUGGACUAUGCAGUGAUCGUAUUGAAUUUAUCAAUGUGGACAUUUGUCACAGCAGUGUUGUUCUAUUUCACUGUAUCGGAGAAGCAUAGAUUCAACAUUCAAUUGUUAGCAGACUACUAUACUUGGAUCAAAGUUGUACUUGUAGCGAUAACUGGACUUACAGGGCAAGUACUAGUUGCAAAGUCGCUGAAGAUUGAAAGUGCAGGAAAGGUUGCCGUUACGAGGUCUCUCGAUAUAGUGCUAGCAUAUAUAGUUCAGAUAUGUCUAUUCCAUGAAUUUCCUAGUUAUAGUAAUACGUUAGGGGCUAUGCUUAUUUUAUUCUCUGUUUUAUGCAUGGGAUUCGAACGACAAAUUUAUAGAUGUUGUGAUUUUAUUCCUUAAAUUAGAUUUAAAAUCAUAGUACACUUUGUAUAAUGCUAUUGCGAUAGGAUGCAAAUUUAUAUCGAUGUAAUUUAAUGCAUAUGGUCAAUUAAAUUGCAUGAGUUCUGUAUAAGAAUUAUUUCAAAUUCUCUACUCGGGAGAUCGGAAAUAACUAAUCCAGUUAGUAAACCAAGAGACCACUUUCUACUAACCUAUAAAAGUACAUAGGC